CAUACCAAAGAAGAGCGUAGAAUAGGAAUAAUAAGUACGGAGGAAAUUAGGGAAGCGAAGUUAAGAAUAGUCAAACUAGUACAAGCGGAAGCGUUCAUAGACGAUAUAAAAACGUUGAAGCUCAACAACAAGGUCCGAAGGGCUUCGAAGCUAAUAGCGCUACUCCCGUAUUUGGACGACGAAGGCAUUUUAAGGAUUGGAGGCAGACUGAAACAUGCGGCGUUACCUGAAGAAACGAAACAUCCAAUCAUACUCCCGUCACACCAUUAUGUUACUAGAUUGAUUAUUAUACAUUACCACGAAAAGCUAUUCCACGCCGGAGUGCAAACUACGUUAAACUGCAUAAGAGAAGAGUUUUGGCCCAUUUUCGCUAAAAGUCAAGUUAAAGGAAUCUUAUACAAGUGCGUCAGAUGUAAGAAGGCAAGCCCGAAGACAAGCUGGCAACUAAUGGGGCAGCUGCCAUCAGCCAGAGUCAACCCUGCCAGACCUUUCUAUAAUACGGGGGUGGACUAUUGCGGACCGUUUUACGUGCGAGAUCGUAUUCGUCGCAACAGUAAGCAAUAUAAAGCUUACGUAGCAAUUUUCGUCUGCAUGGUGGUGAAGGCAGUACACAUCGAGUUGGUAGAAGACCUGACUACUGAUUCAUUCAUCGCUGCCUUGAAGAGAUUCAUGGCAAGAAGAGGCAAGGUCAGAAAUAUAUAUUCCGACAACGGAAAAAAUUUUGUUGGAGCGGAUCGCGCGUUGCAAGAAAUACUAUACAGUAAGGAGUUCAAGGACGACGUUCAAGACCAUGCAACUAGCGAGCAAAUAAGUUGGCAUUUCAUACCUCCUAGAUCUCCACAUUACGGGGGUCUUUGGGAAGCGGCG